GCCAUUAAGCUGGAAUCAGAACAAUGAGCGCUUCCUAAAAGAAGGAAGCAUUUUAGUAAGAUCUAGCGGCAGUUAUCUUCAGAGAGGACAUCAUUCUAGGGCGAGUCAGUCAGAAAUAUCUAAAUCGAGGUUAUUUAACCAAAUCAUCUGGGCUGAUUGUAUACAGAGUUGAAGAAACUGCACCUUCUUGAAUUGGGUCUGAGCAAUGGAGACUGCGCUAGCAAAAACACCACAGAAAAGGCAAGUUAUCUUUCUUGCUAUAUUGUUGCUUUUGUGGGAGGCUGGCUCUGACGCAAUUAGGUAUUCCAUGCCAGAAGAAACAGAAAGUGGCUCCUUUGUGGCCAACCUGGCAAAAGACCUGGGGCUUAGGGUGGAGGAGUUAGCUACUCGGGGCGCGCGAAUCCAUUACAAAGGAAACAAACAGGUCUUGCAGCUGGAUGUAGAAACCGGGAAUUUGCUGCUAUAUGGAAAACUAGACCGGGAGGUGCUGUGCGGGGCGACAGAUCCCUGUAUAUUAUAUUUCCAGUUAUUACUGGAAAACCCGGUGCAGUUUUUUCAGGCUGAUCUGCAACUUACGGAUAUAAAUGACCAUUCCCCACAGUUCCUAGACAAGGAAAUGCUCCUAAAAAUCCCAGAGAAUGUUCAGCCAGGGACCAUAUUUCCUUUGAAAAUAGCUCAGGACUUGGACAUAGGUAUCAACACUGUGCAGAACUACACAAUCAGCCCCAACUCCCAUUUUCAUGUUGUCACUCGUAAUCGCGGAGAUGGCAGAAAAUACCCAGAGCUCAUGCUGGACAAAGCGCUGGAUCGGGAGGAGCAGUCUGAGCUCAGUUUAACCCUCACGGCGCUGGAUGGUGGGACUCCGCCCAGGUCUGGGACCACUGCAGUCCACAUUGAAGUCGUGGACAUCAAUGAUAAUGCUCCUCAGUUUUUACAGUCGCUCUAUGAGGUACCGGUUCCCGAGAACAGCCCCCUAAACUCCUUAGUUGUUGUUGUCUCUGCCCAAGAUUUAGAUGCAGGAACAAAUGGGAAUGUAGUCUACACUCUAUUCCAAGGCAAUGAAGUUACUCAACCAUUUGUAAUAGAUGAAAUUACAGGAGAAAUUCGUCUGAAAAAGGCAUUGGAUUUCGAGGCAACUCGAUACUAUAACGUGGAAAUUGCAGGCACAGACGGCGGGGGCCUUUCAGGAAAAUGCACUGUAGCUAUAGAGGUUGUGGAUGUGAAUGACAACGCCCCUGAACUUACCAUGUCGACGCUCACAAGCUCUACCCCAGAAAACUCACCAGAGACUGUAGUGGCUGUUUUCAGUGUUUCUGAUCCAGACUCUGGGGACAAUGGUAGGAUGGUUUGCUCCAUCCAGAAGGAUCUCCCCUUUCUCCUGAAACCCACAUUCAAGAACUUUUACACCCUAGUUACUGAGAGACCACUGGACAGAGAGAGCCAGGCCGAGUACAACAUCACCAUCACCGUCACUGACCUGGGGACGCCCAGGCUGAAAACCCAGCACCACCUAACGGUGACGGUGUCCGACGUCAACGACAACGCCCCGGCCUUCAGCCAAAGCGCCUACACCCUGCGGGUGCGCGAGAACAACAGCCCCGCCCUGCACAUCGGCAGCGUGAGCGCCACG